UCACCUCAGCACAACACGAUAAAUAACAUCAUACUGUAUGUACCUACCUACCUACUUCUUGCAAUUUACUUUAAAAUAAAGAUAAAUAGUAUUACUCUAUGACCUUAAAUUCUAUCGGUUAAUGUUUUAUCUAAUCUACUAGAAAAAAUAUUUAGGUGCGCAAUCUACAUAUUAUGUGAGUUAUGCGUAUUUUACUGAGAUCAAUUACUGUACUCAGAAAAGUAGUCAACGCCAGUGCUAAUAAAUCGGCGCAGUUGAAACAUCCGUUUACAACAGCAUUAGUGUGGAGAGCCAUGGAAGAUAAAGAGUCUUUGAAAAAACGUUUAACACCACUGCAGUAUCAUGUUACGCAGGAAGCGGGGACCGAGAGGCCGUUUACAGGUUGCUAUAAUAAAUGUUAUGAUGAAGGAAUGUAUGUAUGUAUAGUAUGUAGACAAGACCUCUUCAGCUCGAAAACAAAAUUUGAUUCUGGAUGUGGCUGGCCUGCAUUCAAUGAUGUUCUUGCUAAAGAAAAAGUGACACUUCACCGUGAUACUAGUGCAGUUGGCGGAAAUAUAUUACUGGUUUUAACACGACCAGGUUUGGUGCGAACCGAGGUGCGUUGUUCCAAGUGCGCCGCUCAUCUGGGCCACGUGUUUGAUGACGGGCCAGCACCCACCCGAAAACGUUUUUGUAUAAAUUCAGCAUCUUUGGACUUCAUACCCGCUGAAGAAAGGAAAGAUUAAUAUAUUUGAAUCUAAGAAUGAUAAUGACUAAAAUGUUACAUAUACCUUAUAAUAUUAAUUAUUUUAUGAACAAGUGUCAUGUUUGUUGUGAAAACUUAACCAAUUACAUAGUAGGUAGGUAGGCUAAUAAGUAAUAAUAAUAUGCUGUGGUUACAUUAACAGAUAUACGAACGAAUAUUCGGACUGUUGCGAUCAAUGUCUGAUUGCGAAGAUUUCAAGGGAAUACAAAUGGUUCUUUACAGCAUUGUUUGUACAUUACAUACAUUUAUUUUCUUUUUGUUAUACACAUUUGUACUAGUAUUUAGCCAGAGCAUCGCGAGAAUAGUAGGGCAGAGUGGUGUAAAAUUGGUCAUUAAUUAAUUCAUAUGCUAUAUCACAGGUUAUUUUAUUAACAUUAGAAAUGCACUUAAACAGAAAUACCUUUUAAUACAUGUUAAAAGAAAAAUAAUAUAACUUAAUCAAUCACACUUUACUUCGUAAAUAAGCAGCACUUCAAGAGUUAAUCAAGAUUUCCGUGAUCAUUUUCACAAAUCAUAUUUAAAUACUUCAAACUCAAACUAAGCAGAUUUUUAUAUAUUGUUUUAUAAUAUAUCAUCCUAAGUAGCGAACCUAGUUGCACAUUGCUGUUGUUGCAAUUUGUAUCUUACUCUCGACUCGGACAAUUCGAAGAAAACGACCACUUUCUGUUGCAUAGGAGCAUCUUCAAUGGUAAGGAUACUUCGAGAUUGUUUUUGUGGCCUUCGCCACAAUCUGAAGGAUAAUGAAAGCAUCAUUAUCCUUCACCAUUGAAAAGAAUAGUUAGCAAUAUUAUUAAUUUUUGUAUACUACAAAAUCGAAAAUUUGGCGCGGAAUGUUAUACAGCCCAUUAAAUCGCACACUUGCAGACUGUUUUCAACAUACAUAACCAUCGGGUCAUUACAGUCAUUUCUUAAAAAGUUGUUUACAUACCUUGUCACGCUGUAGUUGUCAGCUGAAAUUUGAAUAUCAAACGCCAAUAAAACUUAACAUGUUUGUGAGCUAAAAUUAAUCUGGUUAUACGAUUUUAACGCUUACACCCUCUGCUCUACAUCAACAAUGUAAACCUUUGUUACAAUUUCUGGCUGGGAAACGCGGAUUGAUUGCAAUACUAGAUAGUCUAUUAAGGUAUUUUAAUAACCUAUUUAACUGAUGUACAAGUUAUGUUUAUUAUGUUCCUUUUUUUGAAAUAUAAUAUUUUAUUUACAAUUUAAUUAAAUUUCAUGUUGUUUGGCGAUUCAUAAUCCUUAAUUUUAUGUUUCUUGCAAUCAAUUUGAUGCUCUACCAAACUGCCUACUCGAAAAAAAUAUGAAAACAAUCAAUACGAUAUACAUUGUGUAACCUUUCAACGAUAUAUUUUUUAUUUAUAUUUACUACGAAAAUAGAAUGUAUCAACUUUAGUUUUGAAUUAAUAUUUAUAAAAUUGAUUACGCAACUAAAAUGAGUGAACAUUAUAAAACGUUGUGUUUUUUGUUGUUAAAUAAAUGUACAUAAGUACAUAUUAUAUUAACUUUUAAAUAGCUUUUGGCUAUUUACCUUUAAAACUAUUAUAAGUGAAUAUGUAUGUAUAACGUUAUUUUUAUUUAUCUUCAUGUAACAAAUUUUUAUUUUUUGUUGCUUACUUUUUAUAACUUAGCAUAGGUCAAAUCUCCAUAAGUUGUAAUUAGAUAUUGUGCUACGUUAUUUUUAAUAUAUUUGUACCGCUGAUUAUAAAGGUUAUGGAUUGUUCGUAAAUAUCCUGAUUAUUAAAAAAAGCUUUUUCUUGUCUAAACAAAAAAAAUGCGUUAGUAAUGUGAACUACAGGCACUCGGUCGGAUAAUGAAAAGAAAAACUUGCUAAAUGGAUACAUUUAAUCGCUAAAUCAUAAUCGACAAUGAGCAUUUCAUGUAAGAUAUCAAUAGUUUCCUGAUUAGCCGCAACCAGAUGAAUCCACAACAAAAAACAAUAGAACAAAAAAGAGGUUAUACAAAUUUUUUUAACAAUCAAAAAUGUCCUGAAGUGGAAACACGUCGAGCGAAGUAGUUCCUACAAUCGGAGAAUCGACCAUUACGCCGUCGGUAUCAGAUUAUGAUUCAUCAUCCGAAUAAAAAUACUUUUAUAAAAUAAAUAUUUUACUAUACAUA